UCAUUGAUAACCUUAAAAUUUUAUUAUGCCAAUAUGAAUAAAAAUAUUUGUGUGAAUUGCCACAAUAAUAAGCCUGUUAAUUUAACUAAUAACCGGCUGGUGACUGAAAGUUGUGGUCAUGUCAAAUGUAUGGAUUGUCUUCUAUAUGAGAAAUCUGGAUGUAAAGCUUGUGCCAAGUUGAUUAAGUCUAAAAGUGAACUUCUUGAAAAAAACAUAGAGGAAGAUAGAGAGGAUGAUGUUAACGCUGAUCAAAUAGACGACCCUGUAACAUUGAAGAAUUCUAAUGCCGACCAUUUGACACCUUGUGAAGGAUUAUUGAAGAAAAAGAAACCAGAAACAUCACAUAUUAAAGUGGAAACAGAUGCAAAUGGGAGAUGUUAUUACUGUACAGAAUGCAAGAAGAGGUUCCAUGCUCGCAGUCAGGUGGCCUACCAUGCAUACUGCAACGGGCAACUCAAGCCUUACCAAUGCCCUGAAUGUAAUAAGAGUUUUGCUACACACUCACACUUCAAGUAUCAUAUGCGUGUACACCGGAAUGAGCGCACGUAUGCGUGCGACGUCUGCGGUGACAGCUUCUUUCAAAUGUCCAAGCUGCAGCGGCACAAGCUGAAGCACACUAGAGAGAAGAACUACGUGUGUCCUCAGUGCGAUAAAGCAUUCAACAACGUGACGUCACUGCGGAAGCACGGUCUCACGCAUACCGAGGAGCGGCCGUUCUCGUGCAAGAUCUGCAACCGACGCUUCCGUGACGGCUCUAACUACAGGAAACAUGUCGCUAAGCAUGACGGUAUGGGGGCGGGGCGCGUGGCGGCGGCGCGGCGUGCAUUCCAGUGUCCGCGGUGUCCGCUCGCCUUCCACUCCAACAAGGACAUGCGCCGGCACACCGCCGUACACACGGACUCGAAACCAUUUCGCUGCAAAGUGUGCAAUCGGUCAUUCAGGCGAAAAGACAACUUGGAGCGUCACAUCCGUAAUACGCAUCCCAAUUUUGUGACUUCGAGCGUGGUCGAGUGUGACGAGAGUGCACUGAAGCAGAUCACAAUAGUGAACAAACAGACGAAUGGACAAAGAAACUUGUCAGAUGAGGCCUACCAGAAUAACGAGAAAACGAGGUUGGAGAGUCUCAACCCGUUGCCUCCUCUGCCGAAGGAAAUUAUGCAGAAGCAUAUCAUGGAAAUUAAUGAAAACGUCAGCCAGAACAAUCAGGAAGGUGAACCAGAGGGUAAAAUUAUAGCUAAUAAGUCGCUCAGCGUCAUUUUGGAAGCGAAUUUCGCUCGACAAAGCGUCAUAGUAGGCAAAUGUCCAAUAGAAAGCAAGGUGGCCAGUGUAUAUCAUGAAAGUGAGUAUAUACAUAAAAUGCAUAAAGCUAACUCUAUGGUGAGUCAAAACAAUUGUUUGCUGCCUCCGAUAAAUAGAAACAAGAUUUUAGAACUAGAGUGGAAGACGAAUUCUAACAAUUUGGGACUGGGCGCUCCGCCACGGGAUAGGAAAGAGCUGUACAAGAAGAUAUUGUAUGAGAAACCAGAGAUCGACGGCUGUGAUACCAUAGAGGAGGAUACGAAGGCACAGAGGAGUGCAAGCCCGGAGAUGCACUGGAGGAGAAAAAUGAAGCUUAAUAAUAUUGCUGUUGAUAAUUGAUAUUAAAUUGAAGGCUGAGAUGGGUGGCUAUGUAUUUGAGACAGGUAUUUGUAGUAUAUCGAC